AUGUUGAAUCUGACUCCAUUCUGGGUCUUGCUCAUUGCUGCACCACUAACAGAUGUUUAUGGAAAAAGGAUUAUUGGGGGCUUCGUGGUUCCGCAAGAGUCAGUCAAGUAUCAGGCAUCCCUGAGACACAGCAGAAGUGGCUCCCACUACUGUGGAGGCACUCUCAUCCACCCACAGUGGGUGGUGUCUGCUGCCCACUGCUGGAGGCCGACUUACCAGAUACAAGUGGUCCUGAAUGAGCACAACCUCUACCGCAGCGAUGGAUCAGAACAGACGUUCGACGUCUCCGCUGCGAUCAAACACGAAGCGUACAGUCACUGGACGCUUGACAAUGACAUCAUGCUCAUCAAGCUCGACCGUCCGGCUAACCUCAGCGGCAAUGUGGAGCCUGCCUCCAUGCCGGACGCGGAGUCGCCGCCUCUGAAUCCCCCCGUUCGAUGCACAGUCAGUGGCUGGGGGGUCACCUGGGUCUACGGUCACAGGCUGUCGUCUGAACUCAGGUCUGUGGACGUGACCCUCUUCCCCAGCUGCUGGAGGUACUACCACUUCAGGGCCACGCAGAACAUGAUCUGCGCCGGCUGGAACACUGGAGGGAGAGACUCCUGUCAGGGUGAUUCAGGAGGGCCUCUCGUCUGUAACGGUUUACUUGAAGGCAUCGUAUCUUGGGGCAUCGGCUGUGGCUGGAGUUCGUACCCCGGCGUCUACACCAAGGUCAGGAACUACGUGGGAUGGAUCGCCUCAACCAUCCAGGAAAAUUAA